UUUUUUUGUUUUGUUGGUUUUUUUUCUGCUUGUGCUCUCAAAUGAAGGCCAUUCUCGCUACUCUUGCGCUCGUCGCUCUUCUUGGCAACAGUGCCUUCGCCGUCACCUGCGGACGGACCAUCACUUACACUGAGGUCGACGAGGCCGACUACUCAUGGACGUACUCGGUGACCCCCGGCGCGCACCCGCUCGGCUACGACGUUGCGACUUACAUGAUGGGCGAGAACGUCUGCAUCAACUUUGCGGGUGUCCAGGGCAAGAUGAUUGAGAUUGCCAUCGAGACCUUCACCAACGGCGCCACUGCUUGCAUCUCGGACAGCGACUCCUUCCUCGCCACUACCAACGUCGUUCCCACCCAAUGCGGCGUCAACCGCGUCAGCACUUGCUUUGACUCGCCCGACGACAACACGCUGAGCUUCUUUGUGUACACGACUUCCGACGAGACCGACUUUACCUUCUUCUACCGCAUCCGCACCUCGAACAUCAAGCGCACCGACAACCAGAACGACGCUGUUGCCAACGCUGCCAUGUGGUGCGCCAUGCUUGGCUCCAAGAACACCACCGCCUACCCCAAGGAUCUCCUUGCCGGCGGCAUUAGCACUGACAACUUUAACACCAACCCCAUCGCCCAAAACUUGGACGGCAGCGCCGCCUCAACGUUCGCGACCUUCGCCCUCAUGCCUCUGAUUGCUGCAGUGGCUGGUGUUUUCGCCAUCCGUGCAUAAAGUCCUUCGUCCUCCCGUCCGCUCUAUCGUAACGGCUCGAGCUGAUUGAUUCGGUCGCCCGCUACUGAUACCGGCCUUAGCGUUCACUUCCACCUGCCCCCCUUCUCUCCUUACCUUUUGUGUCUAGUUAUUCAUUUUUUUGUUUCUGCUGUCUGCGACCAUUCCCAUUGAUUGGUCUUGAAACUGCCUGUUUUUUUUUUUUUCCUUCUUCUUCUUUUCCUUGUUGGUUUUGCAACCCACUUUCCACGGAGCGACGGUCAUCCUUCACUCCGUAUUCAACAUCUCUCGAGCUUGUGCGCCGUGUCCGCUGGCGGACUUGGAUGACUUGAAACAAAGCCAAAAGCCCCCUUUUUUUGAGUGUUUUUGGUUUUCUAUGUUACGCGAAAACAAGCUGUUGGUCCUUGCCUGCUGGAAAGUCCGAGUGUCAAAUGCCGUCUCUUCAAGAUUGAAAGAAAAGCUGGAGCAGCUUUGAGUGUUGGUGUGAAUGAUCGUUUGUCAGCUGUGCUCGUUUUUGUUAAAAAAUCGAUAAAAGAUUUUUCUGUUCUUGAC